AUGGCUGAUGUUUCGGGCAACGCGCUAAAGCGACCUCACCCGGAGGAUGAUGACAACAAUUCCCAGAAAAGGACCCGCUCGAACAAUGGGUCUCCAUUACCGGGUCAAGGAGGCGCUGUCUCUGGAAAAGUUGAUAUUGAAAAGAUGGUAGCUGAGGCGCGGGCAAAAGCGGAAGCCGUGCGUGCGCGUCUACAGGCUGCUCGAGGUGGUGCGACGCCCACAAUUCCUCCGGCAGAGUCCAGGCCCAGCCCAGCAUCACCGGCUUCGAGUCCCGCGAUGUCCAGAUUAGAACAAAUGAGAGCUCGGGUAGCAGCGGCUACGUCAAGAGCUGGUGCAGCAUCUCAACAACAAACGCAUACUCCCGCGCCGUCCUAUCAACCCCCCACACUCGACAAUGAAGGCUUAUCGAAGGCUCGUGGUGGAUUGGAUGUCGGUCUUCAUCCAGCUCUAUUAUCGGAUGCUACGCCAGAAUUUCGUGGGUCCAAGGGCCGACAGCCUUUCAAGACGGGCAAUCGACGCUCGGAUUCGUCUUUCCGAGGCAAUAAGGCUCAACUCGAUCUCUCUGGCCCCUCGAUCGAGGAGAUCAAAAGCAACCCAUACUUCGAUCCUAGUCUGGGUUCACAAUCAACAGUAGCUAAGCCGCGUCAGACUCGUCAGCUGAUCUUCAAUCAAAAAGGCAAAUACAUUCAACAGGCAGCUGCCCUGCGCCGACAAGCACAGUUGGAGGAUUUGAAAAAGCGGAUUGCGGAGAAACAACGACAGGUUGGCAUUGAUGAGGAUUUGGAUAUCGAAAAGGCAUAUCUGGUUCCUGCUCCGCCAGCUCUUGAAUGGUGGGAUGAAGGGUUGGUCAAUGGAAGUGACUACGCUGCUAUUGAUGAUCCCGCGAACCUCAAGCUCGACACAGCCGACACCAUCAUCACUCGCUAUGUCCAACACCCUAUUCUCCUUGAGCCUCCGCAGGAAAAGCACUUACCAGCUCAAAAACCGAUGUAUCUCACGCCAAAGGAGCAGGCGAAGAUUCGUCGACAGCGACGUAUGGCGGACCUCAAGGAACAACAGGCCAAGAUCCGUUUGGGUCUUGAACCGGCACCGCCGCCGAAAGUCAAAAAGUCCAACCUCAUGCGUGUUUUGGGUGAGCAAGCAGUCAAAGACCCUACUGCUGUGGAGGCACGUGUGAAUAGGGAAAUUGCGGACCGUCGCGAGAAGCACGAGAUCAUGAAUGAAGAGCGCAAGUUGACAAAAGAUCAACGGCGAGAAAAGCUUGCUAGUCAACAGGAGAAAGAUGCGGAACUUGGUGUCUACGUGUCUGUUUACCGAAUUGACAGUCUGGCGAGCGGCCGCAACCGUUUCAAGAUUAGCAAGAAUGCCGAGCAAAAUGCGUUGACUGGCAUCUGUGUCAUACACCCGAAACUCAACCUGGUGAUUGUUGAGGGUGGCAAACAUUCUAUCAACAACUAUCGAAAGCUGAUGAUGAAUCGGAUUGCUUGGACCGAGAAUCCCGGCCCAAAUCGCUCAUCAGAUGAGAAGAGUGAGAGUCAACCACUGUGGUUAUCUACAGAGGAUGACAAGGGUGAACCACGAGACUUCAGCAAUAACACAUGCACUCUCUUAUGGGAAGGCCAAGCCAAGAGCCGAGUGUUUAGAAAGUGGCUCGGAGCCCGAGUGUGCGAGAGUGACUCGGCCGCCAAAGACGUUCUGACUCGCUCUAAAAUGGAAAAUUUCUGGGCUCUAGCAAAGAGCGCCAAGCCCGCUGACUUUUAA